GUUUACUUUGUUCAGUAUUGCAUUUGUUUUUGUUUAUCAAAAUUCUUUAAAUAAUAGGAAAAUAGGAAAAUAGAUUUUUACAGAUCAAAAAGAACAUUAUAGAGCAACGAAACGAAUCUAAAGUUUAGGGCCCUUUAGGGCGACCUACUAGACCUGCAGGCCAACUAUUGGAGCCAGUGUAAAUAAGAGAUAUUGAAGGAGUUUUAGUUUAAAAUAAGGCAGAGGCAUAACAGAAAAACGUUUAUAAAGAGAUACACACAGUCUGCAAACAGUGACCUAUAUCGAAUAACUGACUAAACCAGCUGAGCAAUAAAACAAUGGCUACAGAGAAUGAACAACUCAUCUUCAAGCCUGCCAGACGGUUGCCCGGGCAACUGAACGCCUUCCCCACCUACCCGUGGAUGUUUACCUGGCCAAUGAGCGCCAGCGAGAGGUCAAGGAUAACUUACGGAGCUCCGUGCGAAAGGUCAAGGUCAUAUCAUCCUUACAAAAUGGACUACCAAUUCAGGGACCGCACAACGGAGGGGAUGGUGCCCCUGCCAUUUGUUGACCUCAGGGGGGGCCCCGCCAAUGUUCAUAACGUGACAGCCUAUAAACCAGAGCCUGCCCCCUUUCUUGAGGCUGUUGGCAUACACAGGGACUUUUCCGUGUUCCAAGAUGGCGUUCGUUACAACCGCAUGAUGGCUGAGGACAAGAGAAUUUCACGCGAUUGGUUGGCGCUCUACGGCAAAAAAUAUUUCUAUGUUAAAGAUUAGGUGGCGCUCUACGGCAAAAAAUAUUUCUAUGUUAAAGAUUAGGUGGCGCUCUACGGCAAAAAAUAUUUUUAUAUUAAAGAUUAGGUGGCGCUCUACGGCAAAAAAUAUUUUUAUGCUAAAGAUUAGGUGGCGCUCUACGGCAAAAAAUAUUUUUAUGUUAAAGAUUAGGUGGCGCUCUACGGCAAAAAAUAUUUUUAUGUUAAAGAUUAGGUGGCGCUCUACGGCAAAAAAUAUUUUUAGGUUAAAGAUUAGAGGGCGCUCUACGGCGAAAAAUAUUUAUAUAUAUAGAUUACUGUGACACUUUCUGGACUCCCCCCCCCCCCGCCUCCAUCAAUACUCUUUAUAAAGCAUUUGUAUAGAAAUAGUUUUUGAAUGGUAAAUAUAUUUGAUAGUUUAUAAAUAUAAUUACUAAAAUAUUUUAUAAAGUAACUCACUGAAGCGCUAAAAUAGUUUAUAAAAUUAACAUCAAAAGCGCUAAAAUAUUAUAUAACAUCAAAAGCGCUAAAAUAUUCUAUAUGAAAUAACAUCAAAAGUGCUACUAUAUUCUAUAAAUAUAACAUCAAAAGCGCUAAAAAUAUUUUAUGUAUUCAACAUAUACAAGUCUAUUAAAUAAUUAAUAGCCUACUAAAUAAUUUUCAGCCAUAACGUUUUGUAACAUCAUAUAAGAACAUCAUUUUGUGAUAUAAUGUGUUGUAACAUCAUAUUGUGAGAAAACCUCUGUAUCAUUUAACAUCUUUGUACUUCCCAAGUAUUAAAAUUUGGAUCUACACUCCA